ACAACUAACAGGAUUGAUAUUGUGGAACGACUGACUGCUGGACUCUGAUUGAAAGGCGUGGAGGAGACUGACAGGCUCACCUACCUCGAAAGGCUUUUCCUGGCUGUUGCUUCGGAAUUUGAUCCCUCGGUCAGGAACAGGGAGACAGCACAAAAAACAACCACUUGUCCUCUGACUCAGGCACCUACUACUGACCAGUAACCACGUCCCCACCAUGGUGGCCAACUCCAAAUACUCGAGCACUCGAUACCACGAUACCUCAUUACAAGAGUUCUUCAGCUUCGAGGAGGUCGUCUUGAAAGGUCUCGCCUCAGAUGGAGGCCUCUUCCACCCACACGAUGUUCCCGACGUUGGAUCCAAAUACCUUGACUGGAAGGACCUCUCAUUCGCCGAAUUGGCAUACCAGGUAAUGCGUCUGUACAUUGACGAGCACGAAAUCUCCAACACCGAGCUCAAAUCCAUAGUCGACAGAAGCUACUCGACAUUCCGUCACCCAGACACAGUACCGCUCGUCACUCUCGACGAGCAAAAAGGUCUAUAUCUGCUCGAACUCUUCCACGGUCCAACCUUCGCAUUCAAAGAUGUCGCGCUACAAUUCCUAGGCAAUCUCUUCGAAUUUUUCCUAGUCCGCAAGAACCAGAACCUCAAAUCCGGCGAGGCACGACACCAUCUCACCGUCAUUGGCGCGACAUCAGGCGACACCGGGUCCGCAGCCAUCUACGGCCUCCGCGGCAAAAAGGACGUCAGCAUCUUCAUCAUGUUCCCCGACGGCAAGGUCUCGCCCGUCCAAGAAGCGCAAAUGACCACCGUCCUAGACCCCAACGUCCACUGUCUCGCCGUCCAAGGCACCUUCGACGACUGCCAGGACUACGUGAAAGCUCUAUUCGCCGACCCCGAAACCAACAAGAUCCACCACCUCGCGGCCGUAAACUCCAUCAACUGGGCACGCAUCCUCGCCCAAAUAACAUAUUACUUCUACGCUUACUUCCAACUCCUCAAACACGCGGGAUCCUCGCCGAAAGAAGCCAAAUUCGUCGUCCCCACAGGCAACUUCGGCGACAUCCUAGCAGGAUACUACGCGACGCGGAUGGGUCUUCCCGUGUCGAAACUCGUCAUUGCUACCAACGAGAACGACAUUCUCCACCGCUUCUGGCAGACGGGCAGCUACUCCAAGUCCGCAGCGACAAAACCUGCGGAUGAACCGCACGAGGGGAUCAAGGAGGACGGCGCGCAGGCUCACGAAGACGGGGUGAAAGAAACGUACAGUCCGGCCAUGGACAUUCUCGUGUCGUCCAACUUCGAGCGCCUGCUCUGGCAUUUGAGUCUGGAACACGAACUCUCGACGAACCCCGACCAAAAGUACGAGGCGGCCGUGCGUACAGCUGGCGGCAAGAUAGCAGGCUGGUUCCAAGAACUCAAAAAGACGGGUUCAUUCACUGUUGAUAAGGCUAUCCUCAAGAACGCCCGGAAUAUCUUCGCUACGUACAGGGUGAGCAAUAAGGAGACCUUGGGCGCCAUCCGCGACUGUUACAAGGGCACCGCCAUCGCCAAUAAGGGCUACGUGCUCGACCCGCACUCGGCGAUCGGUGUUGCUGCGAGUCUACGCGAGAUCGAAGCCACGGCGUCCACGAAAGUGCCUACCGUGUCAUUGGCGACGGCUCACCCUGCGAAAUUCGCUGGCGCGGUCGAAUUGGCGCUCCAAGAUGAAAAGGCGUUUACUUUCGACUCGGUCCUGCCUGAGCAGUUCGUUGGGCUGAAUGACAAGGAGAGAAGAGUGCUCAAGGUGUCGAGCGAUGAGGGCUUGACUGGUAUUCGCGACAUCAUUACAAGGGAGGUGGAGAAGGAGAAAUCACAGGGGCAGGUUAGACAGAACGGGUUGUAAAAGCGUGUAUGGUGCUUUGUUCUCGUGGUUUGUCGUUCGGGCUUGGGAGCUUGGAAAUCGUCUGGCAAACCAAAAAUAGAAAUUUACAGGGCAAUGGCCUGGUGGCUUUGUGAGUUCGGGGUACAUACCAUAGCAUCUGUCGAUCCUACCUAGGUAGGCAUACACCUAGCUGAUUUGUUCUGAUUUGUGAGUCAGGCAGCUUGCAGGAGUCUGACUACCCAUGUGUCAAUACGAAGCCAGGCUGGCCUAAUAAG